CGGGUCUAGCUCGUAUGCCUGCCAUCAUGCCUGCGAAAGGUUUGGUCGCCACCGCCCUCAUCAUCUGCGGGGUACUGUACACUCUGAGUCCGACUACGGCCGCAUACGGUCCAAUGAAUCAUGCCUGCUGUGUGAAAUACACUCGGAAACCUGUGGGGUUCAGUCUGAUCAAAGGUUACUUUGAGCAGAGUUCCCGCGAGGUGUGCCGCAUCGAUGCCAUCAUAUUUAUCACAAAGCGCAACAAGAAGAUCUGCGCAACCACCGCCGACGACUGGGUGAGAAAGGCGCUGGCGCGCCUGAGCGAUAAAAUGAAAAAGAUGUCAAAGCUGCAGUCUAACCAGUCUGCCGGCGUCAGCAUCAGCACCCUCUCAGCUCGGGGCAUCACUUCAAGCUCCUAAAGUCUGCUCUAUCUUCAAUAGCGGCUUCUAGAAGUGAUCCUUACUAUCCCUUCUGUUUAUUUCUGAUGUAAAUAAUCAAUAAGCGGAUGCAGUGAGCUCUUUCAUUUCUUUCUGGAUGAAAAUAGUUUGGAGCAUCAAACUAUUGAGCUAAAUGUUGUUUAAGUGAUGUUGCUUAUUGCAUUAUGUAACUUUUUGCAUAGUAAAGGACAGAGGUUUGAUAUAGCCAUUAUGAUUUUUAGAGGUAAUGUGAAUGUUUGACGUACAGUAUACUCCUUCCAAUUUACAGAGCCUGCAUUUACAGAUCACCUGGUCAAUAGUGGUCAGGGAGUAAUGCCUUCAAAGGCCAAAAUAGCUCUCUAAAAUGUGCUGACUGUAUCUGUAACAAAGCUUGUUAUGAUGGUGUUUAACAUGUCAGAGGCCAAACUGGUUUCCUAUAAUAUACUGAAUGUAUCUUCCACAGCAGUUAAUCACCUUGUGGCUUCUGAUAAAAACAUGUGACUUGAAAGACACUCAGAUAAAUAAAGGUGUGAUUUUCUUCA